AGAGACGCUGAAGCAAGUGUCUGAACCAAGCGAGUAUCCAUCCUCGUAUGAAUCCAAACUUGGCAGUAUUGUCAGAACUUACUAAGAAGCUGCAACUUUUUGUAUUGUUCCAUACUGAAUUAGAAAAUAGUCACAGAAUAAUGUAUUGUUGUCGUUUUGACACUCUAACACCAGACACAAAUGAGUUUGGAGGACUAUAUACUCCACUAGAAUAUGCAACUGGUGUGUUAUUGGAGGUUCUUCAAUAACAGCAAUUAAACAAGGAAAACGUAGA